AUGGGGCCACGACAGUUAUCCAACUUUAACAAUAUCAUCCUCAACACCGACACCUACAAGCACUCGCACUGGAAUCUGUACCCGCCUGGCACCAGAUAUGUCUCGAGCUAUAUCGAGUCGCGCGGAGGCCCCUACCCCGCCCACCUCUUCUUUGGCCUUCAGGCCUUCAUCAAGCAGCACCUCUUGCGUCCGAUAACCAUUGACGACAUUGACGAGGCUGAGAUCGUCACCCGUCAGCACCAGAUCCCAUUCAACAGGGAGGGUUGGCUCGGUAUCGUCAAUGAGCACAAUGGAUACCUGCCCGUGGAGAUUGAAGCCGUCCCUGAGGGAACGGUCCUGCCCAAUAAGAACGUCCUCGUUCAGAUCGUUAAUACGGAUCCAAAGUACUUCUGGGUGACGAGUUUCAUCGAGACGGCUCUCCUGCGAGCCAUCUGGUAUCCCACGUCAGUUGCGACCACGAGCUGGCUCGCCAAACAACUCAUCCGGGAGGCCCUCGAGAAGACUUCGGACCAUCCCGAGAUCCUCCGCGAUGUGCUGCAAGACUACGGCGCUCGUGGAGUGAGCUCGCAGGAGUCGGCCGCUCUGGGCGGCAUGGCCCAUCUCAUCAACUUCCGGCAGACCAACACCAUCUCGGGAUCGCUCGCUGCCACUCUCUACUACAACGCUCUGAAUCCUGCCAUCUCCCAACCCAACUCGGAGCACUCGACGGUGACAGCGUGGGGGAAGGACCGCGAGGUCGAUGCCCAUGCCAACUUGAUCAAGCAGUACAAGGGUUGGGGAUUCGUGGUUGCUGUAUCCGACUCGUACGACUUGGAGGGCGCUGUCAGGGACAUAUUCGGCACAAAACUCAAGGACGAGGUCAUUAAUAGCGGCAGCACGAUCCUGGUGCGACCGGAUUCCGGAGAUCCAGCCACCGUUAUUAGUGAAACGAUUGAAGGUCUGAUGGCCAAAUUCGGCUCGACGACCAACUCCAAGGGCUACCGUGUCCUUCCCGACUAUAUCCGCGCGGCGCAAGGUGACGGCCUGACGCUCGAGAGGCUCAAGCAGAUCUACGCCGAGCUCGAUCGUCGCGGCCUGGCGGCGGACAACCUCUAUCUCGGCAUGGGCGGCGGCCUGCUGCAAUACAUCAACCGCGACACGCUCGCAUUCACGCAGAAGGCGAACGCAGUCAACAUCGACGGCCAAUGGAAGGAUAUCUACAAGAAGCCCAAGACCGACAGUCAGAAACAAUCCAAGCGCGGCCGGCUCGCACUGGUGCUUCGCGGCGGCGAAUACCGCACCGUCCGCCGCGAAGAGGUCAAGGAGGAGGAAGGGGAGGAGAAUCUGCUCCGUCCCGUGUUCCGCAAUGGCAAGCUGCUCGUCAACUACAACUUUGAGGACGUCAUCAAGAGGAGCGAGCUUCCUGUUCCGCGCUGGUAUUACGAGCCUGUUUGGGCUGAGAGGAAGGAGGAGGAGGAGAACGGAGUGAAGAAUUAG